AUGAAUGUCGGCGUAGCUAGUAGCGAUCCAAAUCCUAACUCAACUUAUUUUAGUAGCCGAGGAAUGUGGGUGACUUACAUACUGGUCGUUGCUUUCAUACAUUAUGUCUUCCUCAGUUUGCCAUUUCUAUCUGUAGCCAUGGCCUGGACACUUACGAACGUUAUCCACAAUAUGUUGAUGUUCAUAAUAUUGCAUAUUGAGAAAGGCACACCAUUUGAAACAGCGGACCAGGGCAAGUUCAGAUAUAGAACAGUGUGGGAACAGUUGGAUUACGGCAUUCAGUUUUCACCAUCUAGAAAGUUUUUAACGAUUGUACCAAUCAUCUUAUUCUUCCUAGCUAGCUUUUACACAAAGUACGAUUACUACCAUUUUGUCUUUAACAGCGGUUCACUUUUACUCGUGCUCAUCCCUAAACUGCCCCAGCUUGACGGUGUUCGAAUUUUCGGAAUAAAUAAAUACUAA